GCUGGAAUCACCAACUCGAUCUUUGAGCAUGGAUGCACCACGAGGAAUUAACAUCAAAGCGCAAGCUGGGAAUAUUGAAGCUCUUUCCCAGAUGGAUAUCAAACUACACAGCAGUGAUGGUGUGCUUUUGCUCGAUGCUGAAACUGUGCGACUGCCCAAAUUACCUGAGGGGACAAGGGGUGGAUCCAGUAUUUCUCAGGGGCUCUACGAAAUCUGCGUGUGUCCGGAUGGAAAGCUCUACUUGUCAGUGGCUGGCGUGGGCUCCACUUGCCAAGAAUACAGCCGCGUCUGCCAGUGA